CUGAGCUCUUUUCUUUAUUGGAGUGGAUGCUGUUUCAGCCGGUGGCUGUUGCCCUGUUGCCCUGUUGCCCUGUUUUUCUCCCCACUUUAUACUUUACUGCACUGCUCAUCUCAGCAUCUCAAGGAGGUGAGAAGUAAGGGGGGGGUCAUGUUUGCUGGCGGGUACGCCGGUGGCCCCCCAGGGUCUCUGGGCAUGCGAAGAGCCAGUCACUGUCCAACUGAAAAUCUGCAGAUCCCGAAACCAGCAGCGCCAGGCGGCGGUGUUCGUAAGAGCAGCAGCAGCGGCAGCGGCAAGAUGCUUUCUAUGUCGUACAGCGAGAGCAUCCGGAGCGGUAUCAACCGCUACCACUCUGACCAGGGCCUUAACCAGCCUCCAGCCAGGCCCACUGACCAGGCUGAGCUGCAGAGACUGCGGGAGCAGCGAGUCGCUGCUCAGAUUAAGAACAUGGAAGACUUCCUGAAGAUGAACGGCCUGGCGCUGGAGGAGUGUGUGUCCUAUCAGACAGGAAUGAAGUACAGGAACCUUGGGAAGUCCGGCCUCCGUGUGUCCUGUCUGGGGUUAGGAACAUGGGUGACAUUCGGUGGCCAGAUAACAGAUGAGAUGGCGGAGCAGCUGAUGACUCUGGCGUAUGAGAACGGCAUCAAUCUGUUUGACACGGCCGAGGUCUACGCUGCAGGAAAGGCUGAGGUGGUGCUUGGAAACAUCAUCAAGAAGAAGGGCUGGAGACGUUCAAGUCUAGUAAUAACAACAAAGAUCUUCUGGGGUGGAAAAGCAGAGACUGAGAGAGGUCUAUCCAGGAAACACAUCAUUGAAGGUUUAAAGGCUUCUCUAGAAAGACUGCAGUUAGACUACGUGGACGUGGUCUUCGCCAAUAGACCGGACCCCAACACACCGAUGGAAGAAACUGUCCGAGCCAUGACCCACGUUAUAAACCAGGGCAUGGCCAUGUACUGGGGAACAUCUCGCUGGAGUCCAAUGGAGAUCAUGGAGGCGUAUUCUGUGGCCCGGCAGUUCAACCAGAUUCCUCCAAUCUGUGAGCAGGCUGAGUACCACAUGUUCCAGAGAGAGAAGGUGGAAGUUCAGCUGCCCGAGCUCUUCCACAAGAUCGGUGUGGGGGCCAUGACGUGGUCACCACUGGCCUGUGGGAUCAUCUCAGGGAAAUAUGACGGCAGGGUUCCUCCUUACUCCCGCGCCUCCCUGAAGGGCUACCAGUGGUUGAAGGACAAGAUCUUGAGCGAGGAGGGUCGGCGUCAGCAGGCGAAGUUGAAAGAGCUGCAGGCAAUCGCGGAGCGGCUGGGCUGCACACUGCCCCAACUGGCCAUCGCCUGGUGCCUACGGAACGAGGGGGUGAGCUCUGUCCUUUUAGGGGCGUCCAACACUGACCAGCUGAUGGAGAACAUUGGAGCGAUACAGGUCCUUCCAAAGCUGUCGUCCUCCAUCACCCAUGAGGUGGACAGCAUCCUGGGGAACAAGCCGUACAGUAAGAAGGACUACCGCUCCUAACAGGCGGCCCGGCCCCCGCCCCCGCCCCACAGGGCUGUAUCCUGGGCCGCAGCGUGCCCCACCUUUGCCUGAUCCUCUGUUUGCUUGAGCUUUUACUAAGUGAGCCCCUGGCGCAUGAGUGUGGCCCCCCCAGGGCCACCCAGGGCCCCUCAUUUAGAGUCCCAGGGAAAAGAAAAGUGGAGAUUAUAGUCAUAUCUGCAGGAAACAAAGGGAAGGAGGGGGGAGGAGGGAGGAGGGAGGGGGAGACGCGCUCAUCCUUUAGUCACUUAUACAUUCACUUCAGCCGACGUAUUUUAAAAACAUAGACAAAAAUUACUUAAAAAAAUAAGCACACGCUUGCUUGGCAGAAGUUCUGUUUUUCCUGGAAAAUGAAUGCAACGAAAAGGACGAGUUCAUACUGUCUGAAUACUCAGCAGUACUGCACCAGUACUGCACCAGUACUUCACCAGUACUCCACCAGUACUGCACCAGUACUCCCAUCUACCCUCCAGUCUGUGGACGUGGUGUCCACUCCUGUGUCCAUCAAUGAAAGAAAAACUGUUGAUGACAUCAUCAUCAGUGAGGUCACAUGUUGGUCUUCAACAAUCAGCACUUUAGUCACGGUCAGUGGGAGGGGGGGGGGGGGGUCAGAGGAGGAGAGAAGAUGGAAAACUCCCAACUUUAUUCUCACAACCAUUGCACUGUUACAGCUUCACCUCCCCCUCCCCCUCCUCUUCUACCUCCCCCUGCUCCCCCUCUACCUCCCCCUUCCAUCAUCCUCCUCUUUGUCCUGUCCACAUGGAGGAGUGGGGACGUAGACAGGACACCAACCACUUCCUCUGCUCAGGUGGACAGGAAGUGAUGACAUCACUGCUGGUGGCGUCUCUGAUUGUGGACAUUUUUGUUUUUGCUGUGGCUCAACAUCUGGCUCGCAGCCCUCAUGUUCCUGAUCACUUCCUGUGAUUAAAGCACACGUUGGAGACGUGACACCUCCUCAAAACAUGGACUCUUCUUCACCAUCAUCUACAGUACACCACCAGACAGAGCAGAGCACCACUGCGCCCCCUAGUGGUGGAGAAACAAACUUCACUAACUGCUAAAUUGAUUCUUAGUGUGUGUGUGUGUGUGUGACCUGUUUUGUUCAUCGUUUGUUUGUCAUCGUCGAUGACUUUUUUCCUCAGAAGAUUAAAAACAAACGUUGGUUUUAUCUCAUGUUUCCCCCUGCAGGCAG